AUUUGUUUGUUCUGAAAUGAUUCGCUUAGUACUUAAUAGUGCUGUACUAGUAAUAUUUCUAAGUCAUAAUUCUAAUUGUCGUACUGGAUGGACGCCACACGAAUUAGUCACUGCAGAGAGCAAAAUCACGUUUAUUUACGAAGUUAAUUAUGUAGUUUCACUUGAGUAUCGGAAACACUUUGUUUGUACUGGUGCACUUGUAUCUCGGAAACAUAUCAUAACAGCUGCUCAUUGUAUAGAAAAAUAUGGUCAGCCCAGACAUUUCAUAGCCAGAUUAGGAUCAAGUAGGAUACAAAAGGAAGGUCAAACAUUUAAAGUGCAGAGGGCAUUUGUACAUCCAAAAUAUGGACAAACACCAUCGACGCAUGAGUAUGAUUAUAAUAUUGCAAUUGUUUCACUAAGAGACAGUGUGCGUUGCGAAAAUUCUUGUGGGGUAGUACCAUUAAUGCCGGAUAACCAAGAGAUAGUGGAUGGAGCUGCAAUGCUGGUUGCCGGAUGGGGAACACAAUACAAUCAAUUCGAUGGUCAGUUGCGCAUACUUUACGUUCCUAAAAUAGCAGAGGGCACUUGCUUUGAAAAUUAUCUUCAUUUUGGCGGAAUUACAACCCAGAUGAUUUGCGCUGGAUCAGAUGCAAGAGAUGCUUGUCGAGGAGAUGACGGUGGACCUUUGGUGAGUAAUAAUCAAUUAGUUGGAGUAUUGUCUUUUGGACACAGUUGUGGACAUCCACGAUAUCCAGAAGUUUAUACAUUAAUAGGAUCCCCUACAAUUCGCUCAUGGAUAAAGAGCAAAAUAAACAUUUAAAAUUACAGCGUUUCACAGAUUUUAGAAAUCAAGCAUGGUGAAAAGUGGUCCUUUAUAGCCAUACUCAAAUGUAUCUUUUCAAUUAACCAAAAGAUUGAAGAUUGAAUUAUAGUGCUUUUGGCAAUUAUUUAAUUUAUUUCCAGUAAAUAAAGCAAUUUAUUAAAG